AUGGCAGUUAGGUCCAGAACUGUGCUGGAACGAGUGUUUUUUGUUUAUUCAGGGAUAUUAAAUACAUCAAAGCCGUUCAAAUUUAUCUGCCAAAGGAACUUAAGUCAAGCCCAAGCCACCAACGCAAAGAAAUUACGGGCAAUGGUAAAUGUUUUGUAGUGUUUGUACUGUUAUGUCGCUGACAGUUUCAGCUGAUCAGCAAGUAAUUUUAGCUCAAUUAUUAAGAUGAGUAAGUUAAAGUACAAUCAAAGAGAAUUUUUAAAACAUUGAUUUAUAAUUAAAUUUGUUAUUAUCGAUUUUAUCGAUUUCUGUAUUUAAACGAUUGAUUUUAUCGAUUAAUUUUUGAUCGAAAAAUAUAGAAAACAUAAAAAACAUAACCACUCAAUAAGUCAACAUACGUCAGUAUACCGCCUGUUACGGUUCAGCUUCGAAUGGAAAAAAAAAGAGUGACUCUAGGCAAUUUUGUGAUUAUCAAUUUUUAUCAAUUAUUACAACUAAUCAAUCGACAAAUAUCAAGUGUUAUCGAGUACUAUCGAUUAAUCAAUUGCAUUUUUGAUGAUCAAUUUCGAUCGAUUUGUGAUGUGCUGUAAAUAAUAACGUAGGGGCCCUGCUUGCCCAGGAUACUCCUUACAAACUGUAGACCUGCCACUGCUGUUCACUGACUGUCAUGAUAAUUCACAUCAAAGAUCAGGACUUAUAUAAUAAAUUUAUGAGCAAGUCACAAAACCACAACCUAAAUGCAAUUAUUUCUGGUGCAUAGUUUAAACGCUGCUUACCUUAGCAAAUAAUUAUCAUUACAAGUGUACCUCUAAUUGUUACCCAUCCUUAAACUUUUGCCAGUUUUUAUGGUAGUCUGUUGCUAUUUAUUAGAAAUCUUCUUGAUAAACUUCUGUUGGAUUUCUCAGCCUUAAUGAAAGGUACACUGGAACUGGUCAAGUCACCUGCAGUUAUGUCACCUGAUACCAAAGUUAAGUUGCCCAAAAUGCUGAGUGGACAUGUCGCCUGAAUUUUUACAGGUGAUAGUGCACAGAGAAACAAAGUUAUUUUUUGUUGAAUAAAGAGUGUCAGUAUCUUGUUCUUUAAACCACAAGGAGACAAAACAAGGGAAAUGAAUGUGUAACAUACGUUAUUCUUGAAAGGAUGAUGAGACGAAACAAGCAGUUUAAAUGUGUAAUAUAUCUCACACUUGAACCAUUGAUGAGCAAUGAAACAAGGGUCAGUUCAAUGAGUACUGUAUCACAUUCUUUAAUCUUCAAUGGUACAGAACAAGUGCAAUAAAUGUGUAAUAAGGAUGCAAGGAUGUUUUUCAGUAAGAUGAAAUUUCCAGCCACAUAUUCAGCAUUUCAGGUGACUUGACUAAACAUUUUGGGUGACAUAACUCUGAUUUCAGAUGACAUAACUUUAGGCGAGAUAACUUUUGGGCAACUUGACCAUAAACCUAAUGAAAUUUUGUGUCACUGAGUUUUUCUCUGUUUUUUCUGCAGGUUGUUGGUUUAGGUAACUACACCCUGCCUAAUACAAGGCACAGUGUAGGGAUGCUUGUAGUUGACUGUCUAAGCCAACAGCUGGGCGCAUCUUGGCAAUUUAACAGAAGAUCACUGGGUCAUGUGGCUGUAACAAAAGUAAAUAAUCGUCAGUUAAUAAUGUUGAAACCUACUCUGGCAAUGAAUGUAAAUGGCAAAAGCAUUUCAAGGACCGGUGUGUACUUACCGAUAAUAAUGAUAUUAUAAUAAUAAUACUGUGAAAGGUUUGUACCCAGCAGUCAUUUUGUGGGUGAAACAUGAUUGUCCGGGUGAAGGUAGUCCUGAAUAGGAGUGUUGUUGCCUGUUGACAGUGACUGACGUUUUGACAACCAGUGCUGUAGUCAUCUUCAGAGUGAAAGUGAGUUGUCUCACGUCCGUUGAUAGUAUUAAACUCUGGUUAUUGACCUGAUUGGUCAAUUAAGUCAUGAUGUUAUUGGUCGUUUGUUAAUUAAGCCAUGAAGAACAUUAAUUUGGCUAUGAAUACUGGUUGGCUAUGAAUACUGGUUAUUGGUGCAUUUUGAUAUGCCUAUUGUCACAGUUAAACAGUUGUUUAUUGUUAUUCAAAUUGUCAGUUGUCAUGUUAUUCUCUUGUAGUUGGUUUUGCUUGGUUCUGUCUGUAAGUCGUUUCUACAGUGCCGGUAACUAUUGACUACGAUUCAGAAUACGUUGUAUAUGUCGCGGAGACCAGUCGCUUUGGUGUUUUGUCUGUAAUAAUUAUAACAGUGUGUAUAUAUAUUAUUUUUUCCAGCUGCAAUGUUUAAUGUGAAUCCCUGCAAUGUUAUUCUUGUGCAUGAUGACCUUGAUAAGCCUGUUGGGAAAUUCAGUUUAAAACAUGGAGGUAGUGCAGGGUAAGUACAUUACAUGUAGUACAUGUAUAUUUCAGCCUGCAGACUAUUCAUUUGUAAGUACAUUGGAACCCAGCCUGCAUUAUAGACACCUGUAUAUGCUGUAAUGAACAGCUUUUUGUCCCAAGUGUCAACCCUGCUUUACAGACACUGCUUAUCUACGCUCUGUCUAUGAUUGAAUAUCUUACCAUCGAAAACCCAACAGAAACAGCUAAAUAAUGUCCUGUCAAGGGUUCCGUCAUGUUAAAUGUCUAAUGUUCAGUCCACUUGGUUGAGUGGAAAACGAAAAGCCUCAGUACAAAGUUAGUUACAGAUUCCAUUGUUGUACUUCAAGAACCAUUCUUGAAAGGUAGCUAUAUUCUAGACUAGUUUCUUUAGGAUGGACUUGUAACAGCCUCUGCUAAGAAAUUAAACAACAUUUUCUCUUAAAAUUUCUGUUUUAGUCUCCAGAUUGAUAAAGUAUAUGCCCUCAGCAUGCUUUGCUAAGCUUUGCUGGUUAACCUUGGCAGGAUUAGCUCAGUUGGUAGAGCGUUUGACUGCAGAGUGGAAGCUAGGUCGCAGGUUCGAUUCCCAGGGCCGGGCCAUUACUCAGGGUCUUAAAAUGACUGAGAAAUGAAGGUACUUCCUUUGCACUGCAAGCGGUGAGACCUUCGCGUGGCUUGGAUGACCAUGUAAAAUGGUGGUCCUUUCUCCAUUAGGAGACGUAAAAUAUAGUGUCCCCAAUUAGCAUUUACGUGCUAAAUACAUUGACACUCAAAUAAAAAAAAAGUGCAAGUGCAAGUCGUGUUCGAUAGCCCGAGACAAGUCAGUGGAAUUUGCUAUCGGGCUAGUGUUUUUUGUUCUUAACUUGCCCGAUGGGCAAGUGCUGUUUUUUGGGGAAGUUCAAAUGACAGAAGGAUUGUAAUCAUUCCUGCUAAUCAAAAAGGGUUUUGGGGCUAGUUGAAAUGACUUGUGGGCUUGUACAUGCUAUUCUAGCUACAGCUUGCCUGAAUGGCAGGCUGUGAAACUCAGACUUUCUUUGCACCCUGUGCCCCUGAUGUUUUUAUUUUUUCUGAGAGCCUGCUGUUUAAUACAGAGACCUGUAUGAUAUGGACAGGCAUUUCCCCUUGGUUUCAAUGUAUUUAUUAAGUUAUUCAUAAUACGAUCAUAGUUGACUACCAGAAACACUUGAAUGCACAUAGUACUGUCAUACUACAAUGCAAGCUGUGUGUAUGCUAACUUUACAAAAAAAAAAAAAAAAAAAGAAUUUGACCUUAAAUUAAAAUUAUAUGUAUGUAUCUUAAAAACUAGUGUGCAAAUUUAUCUUGGACAUAAAAAUAUUAAGAUUUUCUUUGACUGUCUAUAAUAGCCGUGUACUGUUCUGAAUGCUUAAUGAGGUCUCAUGAUUUUAUUAACCUAGGCUUUACUACUAGACAGAGUUCCAUGAUGGUGAGAUUAUUCAUCAAUCAUUCUAACUUUUGAAUCUAUAGACAGAAACUUAUUCAAAUGUAACUGUUUCAGCAAAAUGUUUACAUAGAUCAAACGAACUAUUAUUAUGGGCGGAAGGGUUUUUAUCUGGUUCCAGAAUAAAACAACUAUUGACCCAACUCUGCAACACAGUUCAAUGUACAUGUCAGUGGGGGAGGGGGUGAUAAGUUGUGCUCUCUUGCAACCUUUCACAUUCGUGUUUACUCAAUGUGGAUGACACCAAUUUUUUUUCAUAUUAUUUAUUUUUAACACCCGCCAUGUGAAAUGGAGACUGUCCCGUACCUUACAUGUAGCUUUCUAAGAGUUCAAAUCUUUUACCAUUUAUUGUUCUUUUUUCAGAGGACACAAUGGUGUUAGAUCAGCAAUUGCGUCACUGGGAUGUGAUGUAAGAUAUAUUGAUAAUAAUGUUAUUGUUAUUGUGGAUCAAGAGGAGCCCACAGACUAUUCUUGGUCAGCAGCACUUUGUAAAGUUAUGGUGUGGUUUUUCCAAAAUCUGUCCUCAUUCUUGAGAUGCCCAUGUUUUGUAUACUACUAUGUGUGGUAUGCGGCUGUGAAAGGCCCUGGUGUAUAAUCUAAGGUCCAGUUGAUUCAUGGUAAUCACAUUAAUUCUAAUGCAAGACAGUGCUGCAAUAAUAUUAAUUUGAUUCCGCAAAAAUGCACGUAUUAAAUUCAGGUAUGCCCGUUAUUGUACUAGAUACAAGACUUCUCUAUUCAUCUUGCCGGCCAGAAACCUGCACCAAGGGAAAUAAAUUAGAGCUUGAUCGCAGCUUAGUGCAGGACGAGUCUUCAAUGAUUUUUAUAUUUACUUAUUUAUUUACCCUUACAAUUUGCUUGUUGAUUUCAGACCCCAAAAAGGGUGCGAGUAGGAAUAGGAAGACCUAAUGACAGACAUCAUGUGACAGCGUAUGUCCUGAGCAGUUUUGAACCAUCAGAGAUCCCAGUUAUACAGGACACAAUUGAACAGUGCUGCAAGGUCCUCAUGAAUGAGCUCCAAUCAUUAAUGAGCCAAAGCAGUGACUGUCAAGAUAUAGGGCCUCCCAAUAAAGACACUGUUCAGUAUCAACUACAGCUAUGAAUAAACCACAAAAAAUGUAAAAAAAAAGUUAAAUUUAUUGCAGAAGGUCAGAAGUUUUCCUGCUUACAAAGAUAAUCAUUUUUAGAGUGAUAUUGUAAAUAUUCUUUAAGAGGGUGUUGAAUUUUGCUCAGUUUUAUGUUAAACACAUGGAUUGAGUCUACAGUAGAUUUUCAGCGUUAGCCUCAUUUGUCUAUAUGGUGGCUGACAGGGUUUUUUUUUAUCUGAAUGUUAUCUCUGUUCUUCAUUCCGUGCCAGUAUUCUUAAGACCGUCUCAAUCUGGCAGCUCGUAUGCCAACAUGCCAAGGGUGGGAAGUUAACGCGCGGUUCAAGCAAAUUCAUGCCCUACUGUGAUACAGGAGCUGGAGAGGAGAAGUGCAUCCUCCAGACAUGUAUGCAAACUUUAUGCUACCAGUUCUUGUGGCCCAGAUCGUAACAGGAAAUCACUAGAAAGUAGGUUGAGUAUGCAUGAUCGUCCGGGUGAACGUAGUCCUGAAUAGGACUGUUGUUGACAGUGACUGACGUUUGGACAACCCGUGCGAUAGUAACCGACGUGAUACAACUUACUUUGACUCUGCAGAUGACUACCGCACUUGUUGUCGAAACGUCAGUCACUGUCAACAACAGGACGAUCAUACUCCACCUAUACUUAUGAAAUGACUCCUGGGUUAAAAGCUUUCACAGGAAAUCAUUAGUGUUUACAAUACUCAUAACAAACAAUUCCAUUUCAUUUCAUUUAAGUCAUUUUCAAUAAGAGCCCGGGGAAAGGACAAGAGGGAAGAUAAGAACUAAACGAGCUAGAC